CCCACAUCCUAUAUUGCUGUACAACCUCUCCCGUGCGUUGUCUACUUUCAUAUCGUAUACCCAUUUUCACGUUUACACUUCCAUAAAAAAACACAAUGUCUGUGUCACCAGCUCCAUUUAAAACUCUUGAGGGAAAGGUCGCCUUGGUGACAGGUUCCGGUCGUGGAAUUGGUAGAGGUAUUGCUCUUGAGCUUGCCGCCCGUGGGGCAAGCGUUGUUAUUAAUUAUGCCAACUCCGCUGGGCCAGCUGAGCAGGUCGUUCAAGAAAUCGAGGAACUUGGUAGCAAAGGAAUUGCUAUUAAAGCAGAUGUCUCCAAGGUACCAGAAAUUCGGCGCUUGUUCCAAGAGGCCAAGGCACAUUUCGGUAAACUCGAUAUUGUUAUGAGCAAUUCGGGUACUGAGAUCUUCAAGGAGGAGGAAGACGUCACCGAAGAAGACUACGACAGAGUUUUUGGCCUUAAUACUAGAGCACAAUUCUUUGUUGCUCAACAAGCGCUUAUCCAUCUCGAGAACUAUGGAAGAAUUGUUUUAAUGUCUUCCAUUGCUGCCAAUAUGUCCGGUGUACCUAACCAUGCUUUGUACGCUGGCAGUAAAGCAGCUGUUGAAGGAUUUGUUAGGUCUUUCGCCAAAGAUUGUGGAAAAAAGAAGAUUACGUGCAAUGGUAUUGCUCCUGGUGGAAUCAAGACCGAUAUGUAUGAGCAGUAAGUAUUUUUUUAUCAUUUAGAUUUCAUGAUCAAUGCUGAUAUGAAAAUAGAAAUGCAUGGCAUUAUGUUCCAGGUGGAACUGAAGGAAUGGAUGUAGACGUCAUUGACAAGGGACUUGCUGCUGUCUGUUCACUGGGACGUGUCGGUGUUCCAAAGGAUAUCGGAAGAGUUGUAGCAUUCUUGGCUGGUCCAGAAUCUGAAUGGAUUAAUGGUAAGACCUAUCGAUAAACAAGUUCCUUUUCUUAUGACUAAUAUUUGAGUAGGACAAAUUCUACAACUCAACGGUGGUGGAAAGUAAGUUGGCGAUAUGUGAAUAGAAGUUGAAGGAGUUAUGCAUCAUGAAUUGAAGGUUGCUUACAGGAAUACCUGUCCGGUUUGGUAGACGGUAGAAUGUUAGGGACAUGUAGAAUGAAAAAAAAAUCUAAUACACAUCAUUAAAUGCCAUUUUUGCCA